UUUCUUUCACCAAUUUUCAUUCCCAAACUGUUAACUCAACCCACAACAGUUUCACUACUUUAAACUUUAUACACAGACACUCCUCUUCAACCAUGGAGUUCAAAACCGCAUCCAUGUUCUGGGCAGUAUUAGCUUCGUUUCUCUCCAUUUUCCUCCUCCGUUGUGUCCUCAAAUUCUUCUCUUUCAGUGCCAUCAAACUCCCUCUCCCACCCGGCACUCUGGGCUGGCCUUACAUUGGCGAAACCUUCCAGCUUUACUCUCAGAACCCAAACGUUUUCUUCGCCUCCAAAGUCAAGAAGUAUGGUUCGAUAUUCAAGACUCAUAUUUUGGGGUGUCGUUGUGUGAUGAUUUCCAGCCCGGAAGUGGCGAAGCUUGUGCUGCUAACAAAAGCUCAUCUCUUCAAGCCUACAUUCCCAGCUAGCAAAGAGAGGAUGUUAGGGAAACAGGCCAUAUUUUUCCACCAGGGAGACUACCAUGCCAAGCUCAGGAAGCUUGUGCUCCGGGCAUUCAUGCCGGAGGCCAUAAAAGCCAUCGUCCCCGACGUCGAAACCAUCGCGAAAGCCACCUUAGAGUCGUUCGAAGGACGAUUGAUCAACACUUACCAAGAAAUGAAAACAUACACCUUCAAUGUGGCAUUGCUUUCGAUAUUCGGAAAGGACGAGGUUCUGUACAGGGAGGAUCUGAAGAGGUGUUACUACAUUCUUGAAAAGGGGUACAAUUCCAUGCCGGUGAACCUCCCCGGAACGCUCUUCCACAAGGCCAUGAAAGCCCGGCGGGAGCUGGCGCAGAUCCUGGCCCAAAUCCUCGCCACCCGCCGCCAAAGCGGCGAAACCCACAACGACUUGCUGGGAUCUUUCAUGGGCGCCAAGGAAAGCCUAACCGACGACCAGAUUGCCGACAACAUCAUCGGAGUCAUUUUCGCCGCCCGCGACACCACCGCCAGUGUCAUCACCUGGGUCGUCAAGUACCUCGCGGAAAACCCCAGCGUCCUACAAGCUGUCACAGAAGAGCAAGAAGGGAUUUUGAGAUCAAAAGAGGAGAGUGGAGAAGACAAGAUUCUGAACUGGGCAGAUUCCAAGAAGAUGCCAAUCACUACAAGAGUGAUUCAAGAAACACUCAGAGUGGCUUCAAUCUUAUCCUUUACUUUCAGAGAAGCUGUUGAAGAUGUUGAGUUACAAGGCUAUCUGAUCCCAAAAGGGUGGAAAGUUUUGCCCCUCUUCAGAAACAUUCAUCACAGCCCAGAAAACUUCCCAGAGCCAGAGAAGUUUGAUCCUUCAAGAUUUGAGGUGGCUCCAAAGCCCAAUACUUUCAUGCCAUUUGGCAAUGGGACCCACGCAUGCCCCGGGAAUGAACUAGCCAAGCUGGAAAUUUUGGUCCUUGUACACCAUCUCACCACAAAGUACAGGUGGUCUGUGGUGGGCCCACAGCAUGGAAUACAGUAUGGGCCCUUCGCCCUUCCCCAGAACGGCUUGCCCAUCCGACUCUAUCCCAAAACAUCACAACAAAAGUGAGAUGAUGAAGAAGAAGAAUGGAUGGUCAUGAUUAUCAGUUUAAUAUCAAGUUGAUGACUCAAUAAUUAUCUAUCCAAAUGAUCAGAUAAAACCCAUUUCAAGAAUCCCGUAUAUGUUGAAGAUCAACAAAGAAAAAUAUAUUUCAAGAGGGAUAUAUAAUUAACCCGCAAUGAAGAACAAAAUAUUGGUGAAAGAUGAGAAGUAGAACAAAGGAAAGAGAUGAGAAAAAGCGAUAGGGAGAGCAAAGUGUAUAUAGAUGGAGAUGGAGUUUCCACAUUCAUUAUUUUGAUAGCUAACAAGAAGAGAAGAGAAACCCAGCUGAUCAGGAUGAAAGUAGCGUAGUAGUAAUUAGCUAGCAAGCAAAAAUAUUAUUCCAUUUUGUCUUCUUCUUUUUUUUUUAAUUUGUUUCUUGUUUGUUAAAUCUUUUUUUUUUUUUUUUUAAUGUAUUUGAAGUCCGCAAGGCAAAUUAAAUCAAUGAAAAAUAGUAUUAUUUAUU